AUGGAGGAGACGUUGGAGCAGAUGCAGGCACGCCACCGCAAGGAGCAGCGCGACCUCGUGGCGCGGACGACGAGCAAGAAGAAGAACGCGACGAAGAAGACGCGCAAGGGCGUCAAUGACGAGUGCGCCGAGCUCGAGCGGGUCUUGAAGGAGAGGCAGGCGGAGGAGCUCGCGGCGGCGGCGAGGGGCGAGGACCAAGAACAAGACGAAGAAGAGGAGGAACAGAUGCGAGAGCAAGCGGCGGCCGAUGCUGCGACUGACGAGAUCGACGAACUCGCAGGACGGCUAGGCGGGGCGGCCAUGACCGAGACGCAAGGCAAGGAGAUCCGGGACACGGCUGAAUGGGGCGGACAGCUAGAGCUUGCGGCGCUGGCGGCGCGGUACGGGGUCGAGAUCAAGGUCGUCCAGGACGGGCGUACGGAGACGAUCGAGACGCCAAGCGGCGGCAAGGACGGCAAGGCGACUGAGGUCAUAUGGCUGGCGUACUACCCCCACGGUUACGGUCUGGGUGAGCACUACAACUCACUUCGUAAGGCGGCGUGA